AUGGCUUGGAUAGUGCACAUGGAGAGGUCUAUAUUGUGGCUGGCUGUGGCAGUGAUAUAUUUAAUUCAACAGGAUGCACAUUCAGAACAAUAUGGAAGACAUUUGAAUCCUGCAACAUUCAUUACAAUUCCUGAAAUCAUCCAGUUCUGGGAAUAUCCCAGUGAACAAUAUGAGGUACAGACUGAUGAUGGCUAUUUCCUGCAACUAAACAGAAUUCCUUAUGGAUUACACAGUCCUGGCAAGAAAGGACAUAACCCAGCUGUUCUAUUGGUAUCUGGCUUGAUUACUGACAGUAAAUGCUGGAUUAUAAAUCUUCCCAACAAUAGCAUAGGAUUUGCCCUAGCAGAUGCUGGCUAUGAUGUUUGGAUGCUAAAUUGCAGAGGAACCACCUGGUCUAGAAGACAUCAGAACUUGUCAAUUGAACAAGAAGAAUUUUGGGAUUUCAGUUUUCAUGAAACGGGGAUUUAUGACAUUCCAGCAGCGAUAAAAUUCAUCUUGACCAAAACUAAACAAGAGGCAUUAUAUUAUAUUGGCCAUUCCCAGGGUGCCUCAUUAGGUUUGAUUGCCUUUUCACUCAUGCCAGAGCUUUCCCAAAAGGUCAAGCUCUUCAUGCUUUUUGCUCCUUCCUACACAAUGGUGGACACUAAAUUCCCUUGCAUAACAUUUCUAAAACUUCCAGAUGGAUUCAUAAGGUUUAUAUGGGGCAAGAAAGAGUUUCGUCUUAUUCCUAUGAAGAUGAGACUUGUGAAUGCUGAGCUGUGCAGCUAUGCAGUAAUGAACAAAAUUUGUGUUUACUUCAUGUUAAUUGGUUUUGGGUUUAAUGAGAAGAAUAUAAAUGUGAGUCAAAUAAGUGCCUAUGCUGGAAUGUUUCCUGAAUAUACUUCAGUAAAAACCAUGGUUCAUUGGGGUCAGGUGGCUAAAUCAAAAGAAUUUAAAUAUUUUGACUAUGGCAGUAAGAACAGAGCUGUAUAUAAUAUGACCAUGCCUCCAUUUUAUAAAGUAGAAGAUAUGCUUGUGCCAACAGCUGUGUGGACUGCUGGAAAAGACAGGGUUACAGAUGUGAAAGACACUGAAUUGCUGCUUCCUCGAAUCGCUCACUUAACUUACUAUAAGAAUUUUCCUGAUUGGCAACAUACAGACUUUGUUACGGGCCUUGAUGCUCCAAAGCAGCUAUACCCAUAUAUGUUUGGGUUGAUGGACCAGUUUAAAUAA